CUUGGAUUGGCUGAAAGGAGCGAGGUGGCCCCGCGGGUUCAGUCCCGACAGAGACGCGCGCGCACUGCAAGGACGCACUGUGGAGAGGCUUCGACACGGAGAGGGGCGGAACUCUGCUGCUGGACUUGGGCUUUCUGUGAGGGGAGCAUGAAUUUGCCUUCCAGAGAUCGACCCGCACCUCAAACCAAAUCCACUCUGAAGGAGGAGAAACGCACGCGGAGGGAGAUUUUGAAGAUUUGAAUGCAGCAUCCUGCCUCACAGGAGGGCGAUGCAGCCUCGUCUGGUUCCAUAAAACUGUCACAUGUUUGCGCCGGAGCUGGAGACAUUGUCCGCAAAGACGCAUUGUGCGCUGCCGGGGCUGUGAGGGGAGACUUGGACGAGCAGAGCGCGCGCUUGACAGUCGUCGUCAGAGUCUCGGACUUGCCUCAGAGCGCAGUUUGACUCCUCAUCAUCAUCAUCAUCAUGGGUUACAGAGCAGGAGGAAGAGCGCACAAAGCCCUUCCUGAGAUGCAGAGCGUGUCCUGGUUUCUGCUCCUUCUCCUGUUGGAGGUCGGAGCGGCUCAAGUUGAAGAUGACUUCAUUGGUCUCAGUGAGCUGCCAGAAACCUUCCCCUCCGACCCUCCAGAGCCACUGCCGGUGUUUUUGAUGGAACCUGAGGAGGCCUACAUAGUAAAGAACAAGCCAGUGAACCUGUACUGCAAGGCCACACCUGCAACACAGAUCUACUUCAAGUGCAACAGCGAGUGGGUCCACCAAAAAGAGCACACUGUGGAGGAGAGGGUUGAUGAAAACUCAGGUGUUUCAAGGGUGGAGUGGUUAAAGAAUGAAGAGGUUAUCGAUCCUGCAGACGACAGAAACUUCUACAUCACCAUCGAUCACAACCUGAUAAUCAAACAGGCCCGCCUCUCAGACACGGCCAACUACACCUGCGUGGCAAAGAACAUCGUAGCCAAAAGACGCAGCACCACUGCCACGGUUAUCGUCUACGUGAAUGGUGGAUGGUCAACGUGGACAGAGUGGUCUGUGUGUAACAGCCGUUGCGGCCGUGGUUACCAGAAACGCACACGCAGCUGUACCAACCCAGCGCCGCUCAACGGUGGCGCUAUCUGUGAAGGUCAAGGCAUCCAGAAGCUGCCAUGUAAUCCUCUCUGCCCAGUGGAUGGCCUGUGGACAGAGUGGAGUAAGUGGUCCACCUGUGGGACAGAGUGCACCCACUGGAGGAGGAGAGAAUGCAACGCCCCGGCGCCCAAAAACGGGGGGAAGGACUGUGAGGGCAUGGUGCUCCAGUCAAAGAACUGCACCGAUGGGCUGUGCAUGCAGAGUUCCUUGUAUCAGCAGUCUUCUGAGGCAAACGCCAAGAUUGAUUUUGGAAAUUCAUUGGCCCCCAGCACAGACGACGUCGCUCUCUAUGUGGGUAUUGUCAUAGCCGUGAUCAUGUGCCUGGUUAUCUCCGUCGUCGUGGCGCUCUUCGUCUACAGGAAGAACCACCGGGAGUUCAGCUCCGACAUCAUCGACUCCUCUGCCCUCAACGGAGGCUUCCAACCCGUCAGCAUCAAGACCGCCCGCAAAGCUGAUCUUCUCACAUCACCCCCUGAUUUGACCUCAGCAGCUGCCAUGUACCGCGGCCCAGUUUACGCCCUCCAUGAUGUGGCCGACAAAAUCCCCAUGACCAACUCCCCCCUGCUGGACCCCCUUCCCAACUUGAAGAUUAAGGUGUACAACUCCUCAGGCUUGGUGACGCCGCAGGACGACCUGGGAGGAGAACUUUCCUCAAAGCUGUCGCCCAAGCUGCCGCACUGCCUCCUGGACAACAGCAACGGCACGAUGGGCCGUCAGACGCAGACGCUGCUUCGCACGAGGGACCCCUCCUGCACCGCUCUCGGCUCCUUCAGCUCCCAGGGGGGCCACCUCAUCGUGCCCAACUCAGGGGUCAGUCUGCUGAUUCCAGCAGGAGCCAUUCCUCAAGGCAGAGUCUAUGAGAUGUAUGUGACCGUCCAGAGGAAGGACAACUUGAGGCCUUCUGUAGAGGAUGGCCAGACUGUGCUGAGCCCUGUGGUGAGCUGUGGGCCCCCUGGGACCCUGCUGACGCGACCCGUCAUCAUCACCAUGCACCACUGUGCCGUGUGUGACGGCCAGCAGGACUGGCUGAUCCAGCUCAAGAGCCAGUCGCAGCACAACCAGUGGGAGGAUGUGGUGGUGGUAGGGGAGGAAAACUUCACCACGCCAUGUUACAUCCAAAUGGACGAGGAGGCCUGCCACGUCCUGACGGAGACCCUGGGUACGUACUGUCUCGUGGGCCAGUCCCUCAGCGCCUCCACCAUCAAGCGCCUCAAGCUGGCCAUCUUCGGUCCCGUCACCUGCUCUGCCAUGGAGUAUCACAUCAGAGUCUACUGCCUGGACGACACGCAGGACGCACUCAAGGAAGUUCUGCAGAUGGAGAAGCAGAUGGGUGGGAAACUGUUGGAUGAACCAAAGACCCUUAACUUUAAAGACAGCACCCACAACCUGAGACUUUCCAUCCAUGAUGUGCCCCACACGUUGUGGAAGAGCAAACUACUAGCCAAGUACCAGGAGCUCUCCUUUCAGCAAGUGUGGAGCGGGUCGCAGAGGAACCUCCACUGCUGCUUUAGUCUGGAGCGCUUCGCUGCCAGCACGGUGGACCUGAGCUGUAAGAUCUGUGUGCGCCAGGUCGAAGGAGAAGGACAGAUCUUUCAGCUGGAUACAACACUUUCAGAGGAGUCGCAGAGCAUCGACACGUCCCUGCUCGACCCUGCCAGCAACAUCACCACGCUGGUCGGGCCAAAUGCCUUUCGGAUCCCCGUUUCCAUCCGACAGAAGCUGUGCGGCAGCCUGGACGCGCCGCAGACCAGAGGCAACGACUGGAGGAUGUUGGCCCACAAGCUCAACCUCGACAGGUAUCUGAACUACUUUGCCACCAAAUCCAGCCCUACAGGAGUGAUUCUGGAUUUAUGGGAGGCCCAGCAUUUUCCUGACGGCAACCUCAGUCGCCUCGCUCAGGUCCUGGAAGAGAUGGGACGCCAUGACAGCCUUGUUCCCGCUGUGACCGAGCACUGAUGCCACCUGCCCCGCUGCAGACGGGAAGAAAGUCCCGAAAAGAAAAGGAGAGACUCGGUGACAAACGGGGGACGUUCGUUUGGAUAUCUCAGUGACAAAUUGCUUGCUCGCACCUAUAAAUGCUGCCUGAGUGUACACUCACAGGAGUAAGGAUAUAGGAACAGCCAGGUCUCUCUCAGCCAUGACCCAGUUAAACAUUGGCCACAAAGGCUGCAAAAACAUGAAGAGUAAACAAGAAUCUUUGCCAGUCACUUCUCUGGCUCUUCCUCCCUCUCUCUGGUACUGCGUUUUGAUAUUUCUGGCUCUAGUUUCCUUGGAAACAGCUGUCCAGUUUUUUUGGAUGAACUGCGCGGAUGUGGAUGACCCACCACAGUACACGAGUGACGCGUGGAGAGGUCAAAGGAAGACGUCUUGGAUCUGGAGCGCUCUCUGAAAUCAGUUUCCAUAGAAACUCCAUGGACAAGUCAUGUGUUCUUUGAUGACUUAGUAUUUAAUAAUUUGCUUAUUUAUACAUCUCUUUUUAUGUUUUGUUCUGCUUAUUAAUGAAUAUGUUGCAGAGUCCUCCCUAGUUAUGUUUGACUUGAGUCAUAGCGCCAUCUGGUGGCCGC